UGUUAAUCUCUGAAAUUUCAGUCGAUUUCUUCGUCGGCGAGAUCGAGCAAGCGUCUCUGAUUUUUUUUCGCCGGAGUCUUCAUUAUGCAGAGCAACGAGAGGAGGAUGCAAAGUCACACUGUGCAAUCUCAUGGAUUUAAAUUGGCGAAGACACAUUUACAUGAUUGGGUCAUCCUUUUCCUUCUUUUGGGGUUAAUGAUUGGCUUAGGUGUUAUGGCUCCUUUUUACCGUUUUGUCGGAAAGGAUAUGAUGUCUGAUUUGAGAUAUCCACAUAAAAGCUCCACAGUGCCAUUCUGGGCAGUCCCUGUCAUUGCAGUACUAUUGCCUGUUGCAAUUUUUGUUGCCUUCUACUUUCGUAGGAGGGAUGUUUAUGAUUUGCAUCAUGCUAUACUUGGUAUUUUCUUCUCUGUACUGAUAACUGGAGUUCUAACAAAUGCAAUUAAGGACGCAGUUGGUCGCCCAAGGCCUGAUUUUUUCUGGCGCUGCUUUCCCGAUGGGAAGGAGUUAUAUGAUCGAGUAACGGGAAGAGUUAUUUGUCAUGGGGAGAAAUCCCUCAUGAAUGCAGGGCACAAGAGCUUUCCAAGUGGUCAUACUUCAUGGUCAUUUGCAGGUCUUAGUUUCUUUUCAUUGUAUUUGUCGGGGAAAAUCAAAGUCUUCGAUCGCAGGGGUCAUGUGGCGAAACUAUGUAUUGUUCUGCUUCCUCUACUUAUUGCAUGUCUGAUUGGAAUUUCUCGAGUGGAUGAUUAUAGGCACCAUUGGGAGGAUGUUUUUGUUGGUGGUAUUCUAGGUUUGAUAGUUGCGACGUUUUGUUAUCUGCAGUUUUUCCCUCCCCCUUAUCAUAUACAUGGUUGGGGACCCCAUGCAUAUUUCCAUAUGCUGGAGUCCCUCAGGAGCGCCGAGAACCAGCAAAGUGAACAAAGAACUAUCGCUGGACCAUCUGGAGUUAACGACGACAAGGCGAACUUGGACAAUGGAUCAUCUGAAGCUCGCCGUAAUGGAGCUAAUCUACCUGAUUUGGAAUCUGGAACAGUGUAAAAAGAGUAAUCACUCAGGCUAAUUUUUGUUCAGCUCAUCUUGUGUAUAUGUCUAACUAACAGGUACUUAGAUAUUUCAUUCUAACAUGAAGGCCAAACGUUUUCUUUGAAAUGUUGAUGGUUCCUUAGUGUAGAGGAAAUGUAUAAGUCCAUAAGAUGUUGUGGCUCUUCUUGUUAUUGUAAAUCUGUAGGGUUUUUUUAGCUGAUUGUAAGUAUCAGUGUCGCUGUGAAAAUUUCUUUUGAUUCGCUAUCAGAAAGCGGGCAUGUUAUUUU